AUGCGCACCGUGCUUGACAAAUACGGCGCGUGUUCCGGCGGUUCACGAAACAUUUCCGGGCACAACCAAUGGGCUGAAGCUUUAGAGACGUCGCUCGCAAAGUUGCAUCGAAAAGAAGCAGCGCUAUCCUUCACAUCCGGAUACGUUGCAAAUGAGUCCGCACUGGCAGUAUUGGGUGCACAUCUCCCCGGCUGUGUCUUCCUUUCCGAUGAAUCAAAUCACUCAUCCUUGAUCGAAGGCAUCAAGAUGUCUAGAGCUGCCAAGCUAGUCUGGCGACACAACGAUGUUAGAGACCUGGAGAGGAAGCUUGCUUCCAUUCCUUUGGAAACGCCGAAGGUUGUCGUGUUCGAGUCCGUAUAUUCCAUGUGUGGUACCGUUGCUCCGAUACGUGAGAUUGUUGAUUUGUCCGAGAAAUACGGAGCCAUUACUUUCCUGGAUGAAGUCCACGCAGUCGGCCUCUACGGGCCGCAUGGGGCGGGCGUGGCCGAACAUCUCGAUUACGAUACCCACCAAGGCGUAGGUGGAGAUGGACAGAGCAUGCUUAUGGAUCGAAUUACCCUGGUCAGCGGAGCGCUUGGUAAAGCGUUUGGCACCAUGGGUGGUUACGUGGCCGGGUCCGCAUCUCUCGUCGACAUGAUCCGCUCGCAAGCCCGGAGCUUCAUAUUCACAACAGCGCAACCACCAGCCGUUAUGGCAGGAGCGAGAGCUGCGGUCGAACAUCUCUACUCGCAUAACGACUCACGCAAGCAGCUCCAGCGCAACGCUCGUAGUGUCAAGACGGCGCUACGCGAGCACGGUCUCCCAGUCUUGCCGAAUCAAUCCCAUAUAGUGCGUCUGUUGAUUGGAGACUCGGUAGUCUCCGAUCAACGCCCCAAGCGUACCCAGAGGACAGGAAAGGUUGAGAAUAGCACCAGCGCCAGCCCAUACGUCCAAGCAGCAGGAUCACCUAGUGAGUGCAUUGGUGGAGAUCUGGGACAGAUUGAAGCUGCCGAGCCUGAAAGACUGGCAGCAAGAUGGAGUAUCACCGCUCUCGGAGGUGUUGAGGGAGGAUGA